AUGACUGGACGUGGAAAGGGCGGCAAGGGUCUCGGCAAGGGCGGUGCCAAGCGCCAUCGCAAGAUUCUUCGUGACAACAUCCAGGGCAUUACUAAGCCCGCUAUCCGUCGUCUGGCGCGUCGUGGCGGUGUCAAGCGUAUCUCUGCUCUGAUCUACGAGGAGACCCGUGGUGUAUUGAAGUCGUUCCUCGAGGGUGUCAUCCGUGACGCUGUCACCUACACCGAGCACGCCAAGCGCAAGACUGUUACAUCUCUGGACGUCGUCUACGCCCUCAAGCGCCAAGGCCGCACUCUGUACGGUUUCGGUGGCUAA